CCCCGCCCCCUGUGGCCGCCCACUCGCACCUCAGAGCUCAUAAAAACGCUUCCUUCCUUGUAGAAGUCGUAGAACUUUUUGAGUUUUCUCGGGAGUUUCAUCCGGCUGCAGAAGGUUUCUGUUUUACCAGGAUGGGUAAGAUCGAGUGGGCGAUGUGGGCCAACGAGCAGGCGCUGGCUGCCGGCCUCAUUCUCCUCACUGGAGGGAUCGUGGGUGUGAGUGGACAGUUCAGAGGCUGGCAGUUUGCUGCUUAUGCAAUUGCGGCUGGGGCGUUUGUGUGUCUACUUGAGUAUCCCAGAAGCAAGAGGGCCAAGGGGACCAGUGUAGAGAGACCUGGCCAGUAUUGCUUCACAGUUUGCGUUAAAGCUUUUGGACCACUGACAAGGAACUACUAUGUCCGGGCAUUUCUACAUGCAGCAAUCUGUGUACCUGGCGGUUUUAUGCUGGCCACUGUCCUUGGUUGUGUCUGUCUUGGCAUUGCCAGCCUUAUCUACUUUGGAGCUGCUGUCCGAGGUGAACACUGGGAGCCAAUUCUUCCACGGAAAGAUGUCCGAAAACCAGAAGACUCCACCAGAAAACCUCCUCAGAAUCCUCCACCAAGACCUCCUCCUGAUGUACGUCGGAAGAACGUGAACGAUCUGGAGGCAGCGGCGUAUGACAACCCCUUCUCUACUACUGCUGAUGAAUAACCAGUGUAGUCACUCGGCUUUUCUUGUCCUUUCCUUCUCCUCAAAAGUUGUUACAGUGGGAUGUUGACAGAUUCUGUGAUUCUCGAUUAAGAAAUAUUUUCCUGAAGUUUUCUGAAGCCGGUGAUAGAGCAACAUAUCUGGUUUGCACCUUCUUACCUCAGUUUAAAGGAAAAGAUAUGCAAUAAUGGAAAAACAGAGGAAGGUGGUUAAAAUGAAGUCAAAUUAAUUUCUUUUAAAUAAAUAAUUACAGCUGCUAGUGGCAACAGAAAACUCUGGGGCCAGUUAGAGGUCUGUUGGUAUAUGCGAUUGUUUGCUGAUUGGAUGAAGUUGUGUUGUUUCAAUCACUGUAUGUUUUAAUUUCUGCCGCAUUCUUUGCUUUGAGAUGCGCAGACCUACAACAAACUAAAUCGCUGUGUUUGCACUGUUUUAUAAACCCCUGAGUAGUUGUAUUUCUUGAAGCCAGCUGAUCACAAUACCGUAUGAUUAUGAACUACUGAUUGAUAGGAAUGCAUUACCUGAUCAUUUUCAUGGCCAAAUGAUAUUAGCCAUUUGUUUUUCCUUGUCUAUAGUUUUUAUUUGUUGUAAAUAAAUGUUUUGCUUCCUUUGAAUCACUGGUCUGAAAUACAUGGAUUUGUUUAAUUUGA